CCUUUAUUUGCCAAUCCCACAACAGCAUCUCUCAUUCUCUCUGCUAUUCACCUUUUCAAGUACUCAAACUUCUUCCUUUUUCCCUUUUCUGUUUCAUCUUUUCUUGUUGAUAUUAUAGAACUGUUCAACAGCUUCCCUUUGUUUUAUCUGAUGAAAUUGAUAAGCUAAAGACUCAAACUUUAGUACAAACUACUGGUCCUAAUAAUUGUACCAAAAGUUUAGGUCUACAAAAGUACUACAACAGAAAACCAAGAAAAUGUAUGUAGAAGAAAGUGGUUGCUUUGAUGCUGACACUCAUCAUGUGCAGAAUGAUGGAGUACUAGCAGAAGAUGUUUUUGCCAUACAAGAACAACACACAUAUCAUCACAAUCCCUCCCAACAAGAUGUGGCUGCCGCCGCCGCCUUGGAGAUAGAAUUUCAGCAGCAAUUAAAUCUUGAAAUGGAAGAGUGUUACAAUAAUACUCAUAACAACAACAUGCAAGAUCAAUUGAUACAUGAUCAGCAAAAUAAUAAUAAUAAUAAUAAUAGCAAUCAAGGGUUGUCUUGUGAUCAAUCAAACUGGGGAGAAAUGAAUUUUCCUCCAUACCAAAAUCAAGAAGACAGUAAUAAUAUCAAUAAUCACAACAACUUUCAGCAGCAAAAUUUCCCAAUUCCAAUGUCUGAUGCCCCAUAUCUAACAACCCCUGAUCUUCUCAACAUGUUUCCUUUACCAAGAUGCUCACAAUCCUCUUUGCUUCCUCAAAAAUCUCCAAAUCUGUUAACUUCACUAGAACUUAUAGGUGACAUUGAUGGUGGUGCAUCUACUUCAAAUGCAGUGUAUGAUCCUUCUUUAGUACUCCCAUUGAAUCUACCCCCACAACCCCCUUUACUGAGAGAAUUGUUCCACUCUUUUCCACAUGGCUAUGGCUUAAGAAACUUGAGAAGCAACAACAAUACUUCUUUCUUUAAUGGGAUGGAGGAGAGAGAUCAAGUGAAUGGUGCUUUAUACCAAGAUAAUGGAGAAGGAAGGCCUUUUGACAAUGGGAUUUUUGAGUUUUCUGCUGGUAUGAAUGAUAUUGCCAAAAAUAGAGAUGGUAUAAAAGAGACUAAACAUUUUGCUACUGAGAGGCAAAGGAGGGUGCAUUUGAAUGACAAGUACAAAGCUUUGAGGAGUAUGGUUCCAAAUCCUAGCAAGACCGAUAGAGCAUCAAUAGUGAAGGAUGCAAUAGAUUACAUCAAUGAGCUGAAAAGGGGAGUGAAUGAGUUGAAACUUAUGGUGGAGAAGAAAAGAUGCAGCAAAGAUAGGAUUAAGAGGCAAAAGAAAGAAGAUGGUACUUCCUUGGAGGGCCUUGAUGCAAAGCAAAUGGAUGAAGUGGAGCAAUCUUACAAUGGGAAUUCAUUAAGGAGCUCAUGGCUUCAAAGGAGGUCUAAGAAUACUGAAGUUGAUGUUCGGAUCGUAGACGAUGAAGUCACUGUCAAACUUGUUCAGCAGAAGAGAAUCAAUUGUCUUCUGUUUGCAUCUAAGGUUCUUGAUGAACUUCAACUGGAUCUUCACCAUGUUGCUGGUGGACUUAUUGGUGAUUAUUACAGCUUCUUGUUCAACUCCAAGAUUUCUGAAGGAUCAACUGUGUAUGCAAGUGCAAUAGCCAAGAAGCUCAUUGAGGUUGUGGACAUACAGUAUGCAGCAAUUGCACCAGCUAACAGCUAUUAAUAAAGUUCAGAACUUUUAUUUAUGAUUAAUUUCUAGAAGGUUUAAGCAGAUUUAUGAGCCAGAGUGGAUGAUAGUGUUUAAUUUAGUGAUUUAUAAGAGCAAUAACUUUGUGGAAAUCCAUGGAAUGAAGUCAAGAUUGGCUAAUUUUACUCAAGUUUGACAUUAUCGUUAAUUUCUAAUAAGGGAUAUACUAUAUGCUUCGGCAACAUAUUAUUUAAUCUAUGUACGUAGUUAGUGAUUUUAAUGUAAACUGCAACACAAAAAUACA